AUGCCUUCUUUACUAUCAAUCCCACUAGAGGUUCUUGAAAGUAUCAGCUAUUGGUUAAACCCUUCAGAUCUCCUUACAAUCGCACAAAUCAAAGAACUGGAACCAAUAUGGAGAAAUUGGUCAAUCUUGAAGUAUUCAAAUUCAUCAUUUACUUCGCCAGAUUCAAUAACCUGUCAUGUUAAUAAUAUGAAAUAUAAAUCCAAGAAGAGGAAAAUAACACCACAACUGGUUUUAGUUAUCUUAGAUGUUUACGAUGAUCCAUUUGAAAAAUUUGCCGAACAUUUGCUAGGAAAAUUUCCCCACCAUCUUUCAAUACUAGCCAAAAAUGAGGAAGUUUUAGCAAAGUUUUUGAUAAGUUUGAAACCCAUGGCUGACUCAAAGUUUUUCAAUAUUGACUCGGUAGAGAUCAAAGGAUCUGACUUAUAUUUAGAUUAUAAGACUAUUCCAUUUUAUGCACCAGAAGCACAAUACUUGGAGCUUUAUAAUGUUGAGUUUAUAAAGAAACACAAUCAAAAAGUUGUAUCGCCUUUGUUGGAAAAACUAAAGGUCACUGGCUUAAAUGAUCCUGAUGUUUUGAAGUUUCCUGCAACUACUACUUUGAUACGCCCUGGAGAAAGUCUAUUGACAAGCAGUCGAUUUGUUGACCUACUUGAAGGUGUGGAAACUUUGAAAAUUGAACAUUUGUAUGAUUCUGGGGGAUUAGAUGGAUUGAAUUUGUCCACUUUGGUGAAUCUUACUAUAGGUGUUGAUAAUGUUUUAAAUUUUUCAAGAAUUAAAGCUCCAAUGUUGAAAAAUUUGAAAAUAUUAUAUUGUGAACAAUUUGUAACUAUUUCAGAUUGUGAAUUCGAUUCACUAGAAACUAUUGAAGCUAAUAAUUGUCUUAUUGGUGAAUGUCAAAGAAAUUUUGCUCCAAAGUUCACAAAGUUGAAACUUAAACCCAAUUUUUAUCCAAUAGUCCAAGAGAUAAAUCAUGGAGGGUUCUUUGAUCAAGUCAAAGAGUUAACAACAUGUAAUGAUUACUUUAUUUCAAUGGUUAAUUUAAAGAAAUUGGAAUUUUUACAUAUUUGUGAAGUUGAAAAUGGUGCAGUUGGUGAGUUAUCAUUUGUUAAGUGCCCCAGUUUGAAAACACUUUGUCUCUCAUAUGUCGAUUUUGAUGAGAAGCUGAAACCAAAUGCUCCAAACUUGGAAAACCUUUCAAUGGUGAAAUGUAACAUUAACUAUGAUAUUUUCAAUAAUAUACCUAUUCUAUUACCAAAACUUAAAGUUUUAAAAUUUGAAGGUCGAAUUUAUUAUUAUAAUCGUAUUGAAGGAACUUUAGGAAAUUUAGAGUGGAAAUUCAGUAAUUUGAAAUUGAGUGAGCUAGAAACAUUAAUAUUUGGGAAUAAAACUGAAAGUUAUAGUCGUAGGGGGAUAUUUAGAACUUUAGUCACCAAAAUAGGGUUUUAUAAUUGUGAUUUCCCAAAAUUGAAACUCUUUUCAGUGGAUCAUUGGUCUCAUGAUUUUAAACUUAUCAAUUUACAAAUUGGUGCACCAAAUUUGAAGUUUUUAAAAUUGAGAAGCCCUGGAACAGGUGAACUGGAUCUAUCAAAUUAUAACCAUCUUAAGGCACUAUCUAUCCAGGAUGUUUCUAUUUUGAAAUACCCAAAUUGUGAAUCUUUGGAAUUUAUUGGUGUGUAUGCUUGUGAGUUCAAGUUUUUACAUAUAGGUGAAUUGACUAAUUUGAUUGAAGUUAAUCAUUAA